AUGGCAUUUGCACAAUUCCGAAUAUUAUUUAAAAAGAAUUUUCUUCUUCGCCGUCGACAACCGGUUCUUUUUCUUUUUGAACUUUUAUGGCCUCUAAUACUUUUUUCUAUUGUUGCUAUUGUCCGAAAAACUUCACCUACUCAAAAUCGACCAGCAUGUUAUUAUAAUCCUAUGCCAUUGCCUAAUAGUGGCACAAUCGGUUUUCUUCAAAGUUUUUUGUGCAAUACUAAUGUUAGCUGCCGUUUAAAGCCCUUCGAUGUUCAAACAUCGUCGCUGAAGAAUUUUCUUCCAUCUGUCUAUGAUGGAAUACUUGGUUUAACAGAAACAGAAGGUGUAAAUACUGUUUUAUACAAUUUACCUAAUUUAACACGUAGUGUUGAUCAUAUAAAUAGCGCGUUUAAUGAUACGUUUUUACAAAAACUGUUAGACGGAAAAUUUUUAAUGCAUGAUUUAUUUAACAAUACAAAUCAAUUGAAAAAUGAUUUAUUAUUAACUGGCAUGCCAAACGAUUUGAUUGAUCAUUUUCUAAAUGGUUCAUUCAAUCUAACAGAAAUCUAUGAUACAUUUAACAAGACAAUUAAUUUAGAACCAUUUUGUCGAAAUGAUUUUCUUAACUAUUUUCUUACGAUUGAUAAUUCUACAAAUGCGACCAUUGUAAUUCAAACGCUAUGUCAAUUAAAUGUUCGGAACCUUACGAUGGAUUUAAGUACAUUUGCUAAUGAACUUAAUCACGAUACGAUUAAUAAAUAUUUUGGCAAUAUUUCUGAAUUAAUCAAUGGACAAGAUAUUAGAAAUAAAAUUCAACGAUUACGAGAUCUAGAAGAUACUGUCAAACAAUUGAGUUCAUAUGCAAAUUUAGUAAAUAAUAUGCCGAAUAUGACAGAAAUCGCACGGAUUAUUCCGCGAUUAAUACAAAUUAUUGAACUUGUACAAAAUCAACGAGAUUUAAUACAACUUUUUGGCCAAAUAUUACUGGAUUUACAUGUUCUUACUGAAGAGCGUAUUAUAUUACAGCUUUAUGAAAUCACCCAAAUGUUUGUUGAUUUUCUUCAGCGCUAUGACAAUAUGACUCAAAGUUUAACAGCUCAACAAUUAUUCAAUAAUUUAACAUUAAAUAUACUCUUGCAAUCAGAUUUAACAUUACCAAAAGCUUUCGAAAAUGAAAUAUUGAAUGCAAGAAUAAAUUAUCUUGUUUUAGCGGAAUUUCUUGUCGCAAAAAUAACAGGAGCAUCAAAAUAUCGGCCAGUUUGCCUUGAACCUGGACUUUGGACUAUAUUCAUCUUAGAUGAUAGAACAUCGGCCAAUUUAAAAGAUCGUGUUGAUCGUUAUUGCGGUAUACAUAACAAUGUCGAUAAUAUUUAUAAUAAAUUAAUAGAUGGCAUUCGUUAUGAACAGCUACAAAAUUAUUUUGCCGAUAUGCGUUUUUCAUUAAUGGCUUUUGAAGGAUUAGCAAAUAUAUUAUUUUCAAUUAAUAAAGCAGGAUCAUUUGAAAAUGAUCUACGUUUAACACUGGAGAGUGUUUCAGCUGUAAGCGAUUUAUUAUCAAGAACACAAGCAGCUGGCGUUAAUCUCUAUGCAUCAUAUAAUUUUAUUAAGAAAAUGACAAAAACAUUUAAUCCAGAUAUAUUAAAAAUGCCAAUAUUUAAUACAUUGGAUAUCGUAAUACCAGUUUUAACACCAUUGUUCAAUUUUGAUCAAUUUAUUUCGCUAAUCUCUGGAGCUCCACGUGGAACUAUUGAUAAUAUUGUGAAUAAUAUUAAUAUAAUUAAUACUUUUUUAAGUACACCCGCUCCAACAAAAAUUAUGCGGCUAACAACAACGGCAAAUAUGUCAGGUAUCACAACAACAAAACCGCGGCCGAAAGCUCGCUAUAUUGAUUGGUCAACGCUAUUUCAAGGAAAUAAUUUUCCCAAUCAAAAUAUGCCGAAAUCUUUUCUUAUGCCACAAAAUAUAUCUGAAUAUACCACUUGGGUCAAACGACAAAAACGGCAACUCGAUCUAUUGUCUGGUUUGUUUGGCCAAACACAAUCAUCGUCUUCUCUUGAUUCAACAUUUGCUAACAUUCCUGACUUCCUUAAAAUGUUCAAUAAGUUUUCUCCGGAAACACUCGAAUUUCUUUGCAUCCAACCAAUAAUUAAUUUAAUACCAGAUGAUCCUGUUCUUAAUUAUAUAUUCGGUAUUGGCCGUUUAUUUGAAUUAGUCAAUACAUUCAUGACAAUAAUAACAUCAACAAAUAGCAUACAUUGUCUACAAGAUCCUAAUCAAGAUUAUGCUGAAAUAUCUCGAUUUCUUCGUUUAAAUAAAACAGCUGGAUUGAUUCGUGAUCUUGUGAAAAAUGGUUUUCAAUCAAAAUUCAGUUGUUCAUUAGUAAUUGAUGUUGUUAAAAAUAUACAAGUCUACCAGAACUUAGUCGAUAUCAUGCAACACAAUACAAUCACGCUCGAUACACUUGAUUGUUUAAAAAAUUCUUUAUUACAUACACUUGAACGCCUCAAAAUGUUACCUGGUUUAUUUCGUUUCAUAUUUAGUGAUGCGUCAUUGAUUAGAUCCAUAAAACAAUUAACACCGUUAAUCGAAAUAUUUGCACCAGUAUUUUCUCAAAAUACAUUUAAAUUUGUACAAAUAAAUGAUAUGAUUGAAGAUUCAAAUAAUUUUACAUCAUAUUUGCAACAAAGAAGAAAUAUAACAUCACUAAAUAAAUGGUAUUUUAAUACGAGAUUGGGAUACUUAGAAUCACCAGGUGAUCUAAAGAAUAUAUUUUGUAAUCGAAAUGAAAUUGAAAAAUUUGUUAUUGCAUUUCAUGAUUCAUAUGAAGUAUUAGAAUGGAAUUUGUGUGUACCGGAAUUAUUAUAUAUUCAAGCUUAUCAACAAUUUCUUGAUCAAUAUGGUCGGUCAGUUCAAAUGAAAAAAUUUAAUGGUUUAAAUAUUGAACGUUUAAUUAAUGAAAUAUCGAAUAUUAAAGGUGAUUUUGAAGUGUUAAGUAAUGAAAAUCAAUGGCUAAUGGCACUCAUUGAUGGAAUCAAUACAGAAGAAACGUCACCAAAAGAAAUCUAUACAUUAUUUGUGAAUUUCACGACUUAUCUACCCGAAUUUCAACGAUUAAAAUCAAAUGUUUCGAAUCUUGUUGAAAAAUAUUUUUGGGCUUUACCAGAUGAAUCGAUGCAAAAAAUGAUUCUAUCAAUUGUUGAUGGCCUGGAACUUAUACAUAAUUUGAGUAUUAUAUUACAAGAUACUUUAAAUGGAUUACCGUUGAAAGAUGUAUUUAAAAAUUUUUCAUUUAUUACUAAUAAACUAAUGAGAGAUUAUGGUGUAUCAUCGUCCAUCAUUGAUCUUCUAAAACAAGGCCGUUUAUUCAAAGAUCCAAUUGUUUUAUUUAAUCUAUAUACUGAAUAUCAUGAAACUGUGUGUGAUGUCAAUGCAUUAAAUACAACAAUUUAUAAAAGUUGGCCGUAUUUACAAUUUAAUUCAAAUAUGAGUGUCGAGAAACUAUCAAAUUAUUCUUGUGCAAUGUCAUUCGAGAAUCAAAGUAAAGUGGUUAAUACAAUAUUUAAACAUUUUCUUGUGCCAGAUAAAUUACAAAUGUUUUUGAAUCGUGGUGGACAACAUAUCGUUAAUCUAUUUAAUAUGGAUGAGAAAGAAGUUGAUGUUUUCAAACAAGUCGGUCCUAUUGUCAGUGAUGUUAAUGAACUAUUAAAACGUGUGAAAAGAUUGAAUCAACAAAUGGAUUCAUCACAAAAUCAAGAUCAAUUUACUAAAAUAACAAAUAUAUUCUGUGCUGAAAUCGAUAAACCUACGAAUGCACAACGACAAAUGGCGGAAGAUGGCAAUAUUUUUGAAGAAUUUGCAGGUGCAUUUACGAAAACAAAUCAAAAUGAUUCAACACGUCAACAAUCUUCGGAAUCCCUUGAAGACGGUAAAACAAUACAUGAAUUUAUCAGAAAAAAUUAG